CUCAAACUUGGAUUCGGCGGGAAAACUAAAUAAUUAAAACACAAACUUGGACUUGGCGCGCAAACCAGUUCGAAAACUAUGCUUCGAGCCAUACCUUUCCCUCGCUUUCCAUGGAUAAUUCCUUCAAAACCUUCUCCAUUGCAUCCAUUCCUUGUCUCAGUCUCUCCCUUCAAUCGCUUCACAUCCCAAAUGGCGUCCAAGAACUCCACCGAACCCAUCUCUCUUGACGCCCACGAACCCUCACCCAAGCUUCCCAAGCUCUCCCAGAACGGCAUUACCGAGUCCCGAAACCUCUCCCCCUUCCUCCGCAUCAAGAAGCUCUCUGAAAACGCUGUCAUGCCCUCCCGUGCUUCCCCUCUCUCUGCCGGCUACGAUCUCUCCAGUGCUGUUGAAACCAAAGUCCCUGCUCGCGGGAAGGCGCUAGUUCCGACGGACCUCAGCAUUGCUAUCCCUGAUGGAACUUAUGCUCGCAUAGCUCCAAGAUCAGGGUUGACUUGGAAGCAUUCUAUUGAUGUUGGAGCUGGUGUGAUUGAUGCCGAUUACCGGGGGCCAGUGGGGGUGAUUCUCUUCAACCACUCCGAUGUGGACUUCACGGUGAAGCCCGGGGAUCGAAUUGCGCAGAUGAUUAUUGAGAGGAUUUUGACACCGGAGGUACUAGAGGUUGAGGACUUGGAUGCUACUGUUAGAGGUGCUGGAGGGUUUGGCUCUACUGGUGUUUAAAUCAUUAUUAACUUCAAACUUCACUCCCUAGUUUUCCUGUCUUUUACUUUUAAGAGCUUCCUUUUGAUCUUUUGGGCUCUGUGAUUCAUGGACAAGUUUAUGACUUGCCUUAACUCUUAUAUAUGCUACCAAGGGGCAUUUGGUUUUUGGA